AUGUAUGUUCAACACAAUGGUGUUGCAAUGGGUGCACCUUUAGCUCCAGUGAUUGCUGAUAUUUUCAUGUCUCACUUGGAAACAACAUUGAUGGAUAAAUUAACACAAUCAGGUGUAUGUGAAUGGUAUCAAUAUGCAGAUGCCACAUUUAUUUUCAUUAAUAAAGAUGCAAAUGUAGAUAACAUAUUAUCCAUUCUCAAUGAUUUUCAUCCAUCAAUUAAGUUUACAAGAAACAUUGAAGAUAAUGAUAAAUUGGAAUUCCUCCAUAUACAAGUUAUUCGAUCAUCUGAACAACAAUAUGCUUCGAGACAACACUUUAUCUAUAAGAAAGCCAGUAUUGUUAGUAUGGUUAAUCGUGCACUUAAUAUUUGUUCAACAUAUAAACAUUUAGAAGAUGAAUUUGAUGAAAUAAGAAGAAUUAGUUUACUUAAUAAUUAUCCAUUAUCAUUUAUUGAUAUAAUUAUUGAUACACCAAUAAUUGAAAAUGAUAAAAAUAAAAUUUAUGUUGAGAUACCAUUUAUUCAAUCAUCAACAAUAGAUCUUAAAAACAAAAUAAAACAUCUUACAAACAAAUUAAAACCUGAUCUCGAUAUCUAA